GUAAAAGAAGGUUGAAAGAUCAGAAGAUAAGGACAAAAACAGGGACUAGUGCUUUUUUCAAACCAAGAUCUAAAGUUAGGAAAGCGAAAAAGUGAAGAACUCUGUUGAAGAUGGGUGUAGUGUUUGGGACCUUCUCUAUGCACACCAAACAGGUCACCUUCAGGACAGAUAAUAUAGAUGAUGAAUUAGAGAUGACAAUGGUCUGCCAUCGGCCGGAGGGUCUCGAGCAGCUCGAGGCGCAGACAAACUUCACCAAGCAAGAGCUACAAGUCCUUUACAGAGGCUUCAAAAAUGAGUGUCCAAGUGGAGUAGUGAAUGAGGAGACAUUUAAACAUAUUUAUGCACAGUUUUUUCCACAUGGAGAUCCCAGCACAUAUGCACAUUAUCUCUUCAAUGCGUUUGACACCAGAAAUAAUGGAUCCAUAAAGUUUGAGGACUUUGUGAUGGGACUAUCUACUCUACUGCGGGGGACGGUCAGAGACAAACUGGAAUGGACAUUUCAUCUCUAUGACAUUAACAAAGAUGGAUUUAUCAAUAAGGAGGAAAUGACAGAGAUAGUGAGAGCCAUCUAUGACAUGAUGGGGAAGCACACGUAUCCGGCUUUAAAGGGGGAUGUACCAAAGCAGCAUGUGGAUGCCUUCUUUGAGGUCAGAAAUAGGAAAUUAUUCAUGUAG